UAAUAAAAAGUGUUUCUUUUUCGACGAUGUUUGCUUUCGAAUAAUUCGGCUGCAAUUUUGAUUUCUUUUCUUUCGAUUGUAGUCAUAUCUUAUCAUUCGACCCAAGUUUAACAUGACUUCCCAAGAUUUCAGUUCGUUUUCCCAAUCGGUUUGCUCAAUCGGUGAAACGGAUCUAUGCGUCAAUUCCGUCAUGAGCGAUUCCAUCUUGCGCUUAUUUAUGACUCAAAGUUUAAAAAACGCACGCAUUCAAGGACAGUGCAAACGCUACACGAUAUCCCCCUCUCCCGUUUUUGAUCAAAACUGUAUAUAACUGUACGCUUCGUCAAGUUCCGAGUUGGUCGAGAGCAAUCAGUCGUAGCUCUCGAGUUUGUUGAAUGGUGUAUCACGCGAUGGCGGAAAACAAAGCGUAUUCUGGCUGUGGGCCGGGUUACAGAAGUCCGAAAGCGGCGAUGCUCGAAGGACCACGCGAAAAGCUUCUAUACGUCAUUGGCAUACACACAGAUCCCCAGAAAGCCGAUGUCCUUUGCACCGUGGAUGUCGAUCCCGACAGUCCCACAUACUGUCAGAUAAUACACAAGCUAAGAAUGUUAGCGAUCGGUGACGAGUUACAUCAUUCUGGCUGGAACAUCUGUAGCAGCUGUCACGGAUCGUCGCGCAAACGCGAUAUCCUGGUGUUGCCCUGUCUGAUGUCAGAUCGGAUAUAUCUGAUUGAUACAAGUGAGGAAAAAAUGCCCAAGAUCAAAAAGGUUCUGGAACCGGAGGAGAUGCGUAAGUACGGAAUAUCCACACCACAUACUUCGCAUUGCUUGCCAACUGGUGAGAUAAUGAUCUCCACAAUGGGAAAUCUUAAUGGCGACGGAUUGGGCGAAUUUUUCUGCGUCGAUGCGGAGACUCUACAAGCGAAAGGUACCUGGACGAAAGGUCAUAAAAAAGCAGCUUUCGGAUACGACUUUUGGUACCAACCGUACCAUGAUGCACUUAUCGCUACGGAAUGGGGUGCACCUCGUGUCUUUAAAAAAGGAUUCAUUAUAAAGGACGUUUACGAUCCUGAUAUCUAUGGCAGAAACUUGAACGUUUAUUCGUGGAACGAACGAAAGUUGAAACAGACUAUCCAUCUGGGAGACGAUGGAAUCGCGCCUCUUGAAAUAAGAUUUCUUCAUAAUCCCAUGGCAGCCGAAGGAUUCGUGGGUUGUGCGGUUACGUCCAACGUUUACCGAUUUUAUAAGACGGAUGAUAACUUGUGGAAGGUCGAAAAGGUGAUUCAGAUACCGUCAAAAAAAAUCGAGGGAUGGAUCGCACCUCAAAUGUCAGGCAUGAUCACAGAUAUUCUGCUCAGUCUUGACGAUAAGUAUCUGUAUCUGUCCAACUGGUUACACGGCGACGUCAGACAAUACGAUAUCUCUGAUACGAGGAACCCGAAAUUGACGGGUCAAGUUUUUCUAGGAGGAUCGAUACUGAGCGAUUCGCAGGUACGAGUAACGCAAGAUGAGGACACUACCGACCGUCAGCCCGACCCCGUCUACGUGAAGGGACGUAGAUUGUAUGGUGCUCCGCAAAUGUUGCAACUAAGUUUAGACGGACGUCGUUUAUAUGUGACUACAUCGAUCUUUAAACCGUGGGACAAGCAGUUUUAUCCCGAUCUUUUUAAAUAUGGAUCGACGAUGGUGAAGCUUGAUGUCGACAUCGAGAAGGGCGGCAUGAAGCUCGACCAUCAAUUCCUCGUUGAUUUCGGCGCCGAUAAGACCGAUAUUUUGUUAGCCCAUGAGAUGAGAUAUCCUGGUGGAGAUUGUACUUCCGAUAUAUGGUUACCGGAGAAACUCUAAAUUUCAUGAUCGGAUUGGAUGUGGAGUUAAUGACACUUUAAUACUUGCAAGAAUAGCGAUGCAGCAUGUUUUUAUAUCAUAAUUUUUUAUGACUUCCUUUCUCCAGUGAAAUUCGUAGACCUUUUGUAUAUAGAAAAUUAUUCGUAAAUAUUCCUUCAUUGGGAUAAAUAAAUGAAUGAUGGGUAAAUUAAUAUAGAAUACUUACAGAAUAUUCUCGUUUGUUUCCAUGGUAGUCUUAUAAUUCCAGCAUUGCAAUCAAGUAAUAUAGAGAUUUUAUAUUGUAUGGAAAUACAUAAUGUUACAUGAUGAAUGAUAAUCUUUUUUUUUAUUCUACAAAUAAAAUCUGUUUUACGCCAAA